AUGACACAAGAACUUAGCUAUAUGCAGCUCAAGACUGCGAAUGAAGCAAGACAAGCGGUAAGAAUUUUCACUAGAAUAUUGUUUUAUUAUUGUUUGGCUUUAUAUAAAAUUUUCGAAAACAAAUAUAAAAUUUCAGCUUAGUUACUGUAUUUAUCUUGAUAGGAAGAACAACGAUGCGAACAGCGGAAAAGAACUCUAUUGGUACUUAUCACCCAUUACUUACGAGAAGAGGGGUAAGUCGGAAAAUAGCUCGUGUGCAAUAGUCAGAAUCCAGGGUUAUAAAAUAAAGCGUAAUUGACAAUUAAGCUAAAACUGUAUUGUCCUCCGUUAGAAUUAAAUUAGAAAUCGUCUUUCUUCAGAAUUCCAUUUUCUUUCUGCAGUUAUAUUGAUUCCGCUCAUGCUCUCGAGAAAGAAGGUGGUGCAAGUUUAACCAAGUAUGAAGUCUGCGACAACAUUGACUUGCCAACAAUUUUACAGGUAAUAUAAUUUUCUAAGUAUCUAGAUAUUGGUAGUUGUAAGCUCGAUAACACGAAGAAACCAAAAUAGAUGGUAGUCUACAUAGUUUCUCCUUUUUUCUUUCCUUCUUUAGUCUUCAACUGGACAUUUUCUCUUCCCCUUAGUAUCUGGUAAAAUUAUAAAAAUCCUUUGGCAAGAAUCAUUUUUCUGUGACUUUUUGCAGGAAUUUGAGUCGUAUCAUUUGGUAAAGUUUAAUAGAGGGCCGAAAAUUAUAAAGAAAAGGGUGACAAGUGGUAAGGACACUUUUUUUACGAGUCUAAUAAAAUUUCUAAUUAAACAUAACAGUUCUCUUGCUUUUAAUAUUUACGUUGAGCCUCGAAAUCUAAUUUAUUGACUGAUUUAAAUUUCAGCUGAUACCAACAGGGCAUUGCCUCCAAAGCCAAAAUCUUUAUCUGGAAGGUAAAUGAUACAUAAUUAUUACCAAGCCACAAAUCAUCCCAGGUCCCAGUUGUUACAAGAGUGGAUAAUGCUAUCCACGGGAUAAAUCUCUACUCAGUGGAUAGCACAUUACUUAUUGUUUUAACAAUACUUAAUUGUUAAAAAAAUUAUCCUCUUAAUGGCAAUGUAUCCAAUGGAUAGAGUUAUCAGCCUUUUGAACAACUAGGCUCAAAUGAAUAUACAAUUAUUCAUGCCUGUCUGUUCACAUACUUUUCUUGUACAUCAGCAUCCCUUUCCAUGCCCCCACAGCUGAUCAGAGUAGGAUUGCAUGUUUAUAAUGCAGUAAAUGAAAUUUAACAGGGUUAACAGCAAAGAGCAUCAACAUUCUCUAGAAGUCAAUGGUUUUUGUAGCUGCACAUGCUUCAGAAUUCCUCUUUGUUUGAGAUGUUCUUACACAUGCUUUGAGCGUCAACUUUCAGUGUUGCUUGGAGUAGCAGCUCAUGCUCCAGUCAGUUUUCCCCACCCCUUCCCUCUCUCUUUCAACUGUUUAUUCAGUGUGACAGGUGCCUGUUUCCCUUUCCUGUGUGGGGGCUCAUGGCUGAGUUGCCAGGAUUUGCUAGCUAUGGGAGCAGUCUCCAUCUAGGAGCUGGUUGCCAUUAGUGAAAGCUCAUGGAUGUCUCAGGCACCCAACCUCCACUUGGCGAUGCAGUUGUUAACAUAUAAUCAAUCUCAGUUCAUAACUAGUUGUGAGUAAAUGAGGCAUAUGCUUUUGAAUGCCUUUUUAUCAGCUCUCGUAGCAGUUCUGUGUCACUUCCAAGUAUUAAUGGCCAUUCAGGAUCAACAGAUAGUUCUCAGUCCCCAAGUUCAUCAAAAAGACCCAGUAGUGAUGGCAAAAGAAAAACAUCAACUACAAAACAGAGACAACAAGAGGUAGAAUGUGUGUGCAGUUACUGUUUAGAAAUGAAAGUUUUAGGAAAUACUGUGAACUCCAGAAGCUGAUACAUAUGACACAAUCUAGACCAUGUUAAUAUGUAGAACCUGAGGGUAUUAACAACUGAUUUCGGCUUGCACCAUCCAUGCUUCUAUGUGAACUUUUUAUUUUGUUUUAUUACUUUGUAUUACUUUGUUCUUUAUUUUGUGCUAUGAAGUUCUAUUUUGGAGCGUAUUAUUGUCCAUGGUUAUUUGUGACUGCAAUUUAUAUUCUAUGAUAAUAAUUAAAGGUAACAAUAAUUAUGAAUAUUUUAAUUUAAGCUUUAGGAAAGAAGAUUACAAAUGACUGUUGUAAAUUUGUGGAGGUCCUAAUCAAGUUAUCAUCAUGAAUUACAGCUCUUUACAUACACAAUUUUUAAUCAGAUUCUGCUUUACCUUAAUGUUUCACACACACUAUUUUCCAGAAAAAUGGCUCACCUCCUGGCAAUGGCCUUGCAUCAGCCACAAAUUCAGAGUUGAACCUGGCAGGAACAUCAAUAACAAACACUUCUAGGAAUCCAUCAAACCAAAAUACUCAUGGAAAGGUGGAGAAAAUUAAAUAAAGAAAAGUAUAGAUCAAAUACUGUAGGAAGAGUCACCUCUAUUCAUGUAGUUUCAAGGCACAGUUUACAAAAAUAUCCAGCUUUACACGAUAAUAUCAUCUUAAAAUCUUUAUUGCCUUGAAUUUGGAAUUAUGGACAAGAGUUAAUUACUUUCUGUUUCAGAAUCUGAAUACAUAUUGUUACAAGGCUUUAAAUUUAAGACCCUUUGAUACCACAGUAAUAAUUAUAAUCAAGUUUUAGAUUUAAACAUAAAUAUCAACCCUCAAAUUCAACCCAUGGUUAUCAUAAAAAUUGAACAUAAUAUUAUUUAUUUGGUGCAGGGUCCAUGAAAUUCUGAAUAUGAACAUUUCUUUUUCUUUAAGAAUGUUAUUAUUGAUAUGAGAGCCAUGUUGAAUAAUGCAGUCAAAGGUGAAUAUAUGGCAGUUACAGAUCCCUCAGUAAGUUUACCCUUAUUUUAUUAAUACAAUGUAGAAACAUAAGGAAUUAGAAAUAAAACUUGCAGAACACAUCAAUUUGCUUUAAUUUACACUUAAGAUAGAUUCCCUGUUUCCUUAAAGUUUAUGAAAUGAUAUAUUUCAGUCUCCAUUCGCAGUGACUGGUUUGAAUCUAAAAAAAAUACUUCAUUGAGUGAAGGGUUUUUUCCAGAAAAGAGUCUUAAUGAGAGAGACUUUAAUUUGUAGGUUGUCUAAUGACUCAGCUAGAACCUUAUUGGAAAUCAUUACCAGGGUCAACUGAGAAAGAGGUCGGGGUGGAGGAGGGGUAGCCUGUGUAAGAAAAAAUGGAAUCUCAUCCAGGGAGAGGAGCAAUACUCCAAUGGAAAUUACAUCAUGAUUAAGAAACUAAGGGUAACUAAAGUUAAUCUCUGGCUGAAGGGACUACAUGUAGACUUUUUCGCUGCAUAGUUGGAUUUGUAAAAUUAUUAACAUUAUGGUAAUGACUACACGUUACUGUUACUGAGAUAAUGAAUUUUUUUUCUGUAGGAAAAACUUUUGAAGCCUCUUGGUGGAUUUGCUGGGCUAACAGGAGAAUGGAGAGACUUGGCUGCUGUCAUCAGCAGGGUAUGUUUCUGUUACUUAAUUUUCAUUGAGUUUAAAGCAUGAUUGUGUAAUUCGUGAGCAGCUUUUCUAUCAUAGCUGAUUAGUAUAUUUAUUUCAACAUUAAAGUGUAAAAGUACAUUAAAGUACAGCAAUAUAUGAAUUAGGUGGUGUUACAGUCAAUUUGAUUCAGUCUUCAUGUGGGGAUUCCUUCUAACAGGAUAUUUACCUUCAUGACCCUGAUGUAAGAUGGGAUGACAUCAUUGGCUUGGAUGCUGCUAAGAGGCUUGUUAAGGAAGCUGUAGUCUAUCCAAUCAAGGUUGGUCUGUCACCUGUGAUCUGUGUCUUUAAUUGUUUUGUCACAGAAAACUAUAAACAAGUUCCUAUCAUCCAACUGUAAAGAAUUUCCAGAAUUUCAAGAAUUACUCCAAUCACAGAGAAGUUUUGACGGCUUUAAAUAUGAGUGACCCUAAAUUAGCUGCAAAAUUUUUUCAGUUUCUGGACAAAAACCAAAAUUGUGCAAGGUUAUGCUUUAUUUUGGGGCAGUAGAAGUGUCAUUCAAAGGUCUGCAUUUUGUUUCGAAAUAAUUUGCAAUUGAACCAUGCUCCAAUUCAGGCAAAGAAUACAAAGGUUAAACAGGAGUUUAUUUGGUAUUGAGUUUUGUAUUUAAUACUAGAUUUCUUCUUUUUUCGAAUAAGUAAAGAUUUGGUAAAGCAUUUGACAAUAAAAAUCUGCGAUAAAAUAUUAUAAAACAUAACACGACGUUUCGACGUUUCCAGAACGUCAUUAUCAAGUGAACUAGAAUAAUAAAAUCGAGUAUAUAUAUAAUGAAGCGGUGAAUAAAUUACAAAGCGUUAAAAGUUAAACAAAGAGUUUGGCCCUAAUGGAAUCGCUCUGGGUGUUUAAAUUGGGCCUUAUUGUUCUUAUGUACAACAUUUCAUAAACAAGACAAUCCCAUUUCGUGCCACAUUUUUUAAGCAUUCUAAACUGGCUCUCAUUGAGUAAGUCAAUGUUCCCAUGGGCAUCUCUCAGGUGGCGACCAAUGGCAGAGUCGAUGAUCAGCAAUGCGUUGAAACAAAUGGCGCGUCGUAUAUCCGACGUAAUUUAUUGUCUUCUUUUUUCAUUUCAGUUUAUUUGGUAUUGAGUUUUGUAUUUAAUACUAUAUUUCUUCUUUUUUCUUUUCAGUACCCUCAGCUCUUCACUGGCAUUUUGUCCCCCUGGAAAGGACUCUUAUUAUAUGGACCACCAGGUUAGAUAACAUUUGGAAAUUAUUUUUAACUGAGUGAGAGUUUCUGUUAUUGUGUUCUUGAAACCAUCGUUCUUGAUUUUGUGAAUUUGUGUGUUCACCCAGACUUUGGAGAAUUAGGUCAUUAAAUCAACGUUUAGACUAUUCGCGUACUGUCUUUGCAUAUAGGUAACCACUUAUUAAACGAAUCGACAGGUUUGCGGUUUCAAAGACACAUUUUUUAGUAGAGGCACUUACUUAUUUAUAUUUUCAACCUUGUAAGGAACCGGAAAGACCCUGCUGGCCAAAGCUGUGGCAACAGAAUGCAAGACGACGUUUUUUAACAUAUCAGCCUCGUCCAUUGUGAGCAAGUGGCGAGGGGACUCAGAGAAACUUGUUAGGGUAUUAAUGUCAUUGUUACUGUUGAAUACCUUUUGCGAUAAUCGUUAUUGCAAAAAAAACAAAAACAAAAACAAAAAAAAAGAGAACUUUUAACCCAAUCCUUCUACUUUCUAUUCCGGUAAUUGAGAUGCUCAUUGAUUCUAAAGAUCAAGCGCCAUUAUUAUUAUCAGGGAAUUUCGCGGUACUCUCUCAAUCAAUCAGAUACAAAACUACUUUCAAUCGCGACUUAGUCACUCGCGUUUUCUCGCGUUUCAUGCAGUUUGCUCGUUUUUACUUUGUAUUUUCAUUGGCUUUUUGUGAUAUCUCCUUUUUGUUCUGAUUGGCCGUCUUGAUAACUUUGGUUUUGGCAUUACAACUUUCAAUCCAAAGGUCCUCUGUUACAAUAUCCGCCUGUUGUAGAACAUCACAUUCAGGCACACAUAUUUUUGUUGCAGUUAUUUAUUUAAUAUGUUUCUAUUUAAGGUUUUAUUUGAGCUUGCGCGCUUUCAUGCACCGUCCACUAUCUUUCUUGAUGAGCUGGAAUCUCUGAUGAGUCAACGGGGAGCAGGUGGAGGAGGGUAAGUGAAGACCAAAAUGACUGAAGGGAGGAUACAUGUACAUGUAGUUAGUAAUCGAAUCACAAUGGCUGUAUUUCGUUUUGUAGAAGCGAGCACGAAGGUAGCAAGCGAAUGAAGACAGAACUGCUCGUACAGAUGGAUGGUCUGGCAAGAUCAGAUGAUCUAGUGUUCCUCCUGGCUGCUUCAAACUUACCAUGGUAUCAGUGACAGUAAAUUAUUUUUAAAAACACAUGGGUAUCUGACAAUCGUCGGCUGAGGGAUUGUUUUCAGAGACGAAGGCUGACGUGAUCAAAAGUCGUCAGUUUGAAGCGGAUACUUGCUUAGUUUAUCUGCAUACACUAAAACUAUAGCGCCAGAUUAAAUUCACCUUGUGUCAGCUCGCCUAUGACUCAGGCGAGUUAACGACCGAAUGCCAUAAAAGUUUGUUUAUCUCUAACAUUGCAUUCUGAUUCAUUCCAUAGGGAGCUUGAUCAUGCAAUGCUACGUCGUUUAGAAAAGCGAAUUCUUGUCGACCUUCCUAGUUUAGAGGCUAGGGAAGCCAUGUUGAAACAAUACCUACCUCCGUCAAUUCACUCAGGGGAAGGAAGUGUGGAGAUAAAAACAGAUAUCGACUAUGGAGAACUGGCAAAGGUAACAAUGCAACCAUCACACGAGAAUAUCCUCAUCAUAACCUUAAGUGUUUACAGUUUCUCUUCAAUCCGUCAUCUCCUUCCCAUGAGGGGUAUAUCGCCCUUGUGUCCCUUGGUGAAGGGAGAGGGGAGAUGGGGGAGGCGAGAACAGGAUUGGGACAUAUUCUCGAAACAUCUAUGAUUUGUAGAAGAUUUCCCCGUUCGGUGGACCAUUUACGUUAUCAACGUAGGUGUCUACACUAAAGUAGGCAGCUGACCACAUAAUCCGUUAAUUAACUCUGUUGGUCUGCUUGUUCUUUUCAGCGCACAGAGGGUUACUCGGGCUCUGACAUUCGCCUUCUUUGUAAGGAAGCAGCCAUGAGGAAAGUCAGGAAGAUAUUCGACCUGUUAGAGAGUCACCAAGCUGGUAGGCACGUCAUAAAUUUAAAUAGCAGUUGCAUCUCUCUGCGUGGAGAUUCUACUUACUACAAUAGGGAAGAGUUGGAAGGCGAUUAGAGGCGGGUCAUUAGAUAUCUCAUCUCUUUAAUUUUUGUGAAAACAGAAGCAGGGUUUUAUUUUUCGUUACCCCGUAUCCUGUUGCACAGUACUUCCCUCAUUUGGAUCCCAGUCCAAUUUAGUGUGUGCGCUUGUGAUCUAUGAAUUUGGUUUUCAUCUUUGUUACUCCAGGUAAUAAAUUAAUUUUUAAUUUUUGUCACCCUAAGUUUGCUUUUAAGUCCUUCCUUCUCCUCCCACUCCCCCCCCCUGCCCCGCCCUGUUCCUUCAGUUUUCCUUAAGUACACAAAGUAAGCUGGAGAUUCCUAUUUCAUAUUGGUUAAUGGGAAGAAAUUGGGAGAAAUUGAGUGUGAAAAUAGUAGUUGUAGCUGCAAAGCCACCCUAUUUUAAAAGUAACAUCAUUGUUAGUCAGUUUCUCCAAAAGUUUCCGUUAUUGUUCACACAGAGGGAUCAGACGGCCGUGCAACACCGCUGCCAAGACUGGAAAUUGAGCCCGUGAAUACUGAUGACGUAGAUGCUGCGUUGAAGCACACAAAACCAUCCGCCAGGCAGUUAAAAGGCAAAUACCAAGACUGGCAAAAGGAGUACGAAUCCGUGUGAUGAAGUAGAGAGACAACGUAAGCGUCGUCCACCAUAUGGUCCACUAAUGUGACUUUUCAUCAUCGCCAUGGUAACACAAAGAUGAUCAUCUGAAAUGUUUGCCAGUGAUUGUCACUGCUCAGCGGUAUCCAACCAACGUGUCUUCAGAGUCGUUCACAAUUAGUCACCAGUGUUAUUUAUAGAAUGAACCUGAAUGUAUAUACAGCUCUCGAUAGAUAUGUGUGCUUAUGGACUGGAUCGCCGGAAACGUGUGCUAUUUGUUGACAGUCUCAACAUGAGGUCUAGCUAGAUUACAUGAUGAUCACACCUGCGCAAUGUUUAUGAAAUUUCUCCUGGAUGCAUAUUUAUAUUUCGUCUAUUCUGCCUCAGUGACAUCAACAAAAUUAUCAUUAUAAAAUUCUCUUUCAAUGAAAUGAUACAUUGUGGAGAGUUAUUUUGGCAGAAUGAAUUAUCUAAUAACCAAAACUAAAUCAAUCUUAGCAGCCAGUUAGAAAAGUAGUGAAUAUUAGAGUUAGCUCGCGAGAUCUAGAGGUGAAAGCUAAUGAACGUAUCCAACCGCGAUUUGUUUAGAAAAAGAUAAGAAUUUCGUUGCAGGCAACCCCAAGGUGCAGUAAUCCUCAACAGUUUUUCUCUCAUAGUACGCCGUAAUCACCUGCGAAAUUUUAUUAACAAGAAACAUUGGAUAGGAAAUACAGUCAGAUUGUGAGAUUAAUUUUCCAAAAGUUUGUGUUGGGAACUUCAGAUAAAGCAGCACACACGGGAUACAAUGUUUGUAUGGAGUAAAAGCUUCCGCUUCAGGAUUUCCUAAACAUGAAGAUAGACUGAUGCUGUUUCUGAG